UCUCGAAUUCCAGAGAGUUCACACAAACUUAUAAUAUUUAAAAAAAAUCAAAAUCAAAUAUCGUGACUGACGGAAGGGGCUACACAGCCCUUUGAUGUCAACAAUUGAGAUGGUUUUAUACUUCGUUAUUAAUACUUUUUCAAUCACAACUAGCGUAUUAGAAACCGAAGCUUUGGGCUACGGCUACCCACAUCAACAAUUGGAAAAUCAGGUUUAGCAGCUUCGACAACUGAAUCUACUUUUAGACACACCUCGCAUCGCAGAUCGCUUUUGUGGUUGAAACCCAGACUGUUCAAUAACCCAGAUAUUAGACCGAGUCUGGAUGGUUGCAUUUUCUCGCCGUCCCCCGCUGGGAUGCUGUGCAUGACUGAAAAAUAAGAACACAAAAAGGAAGUGUCGGGCAGGUGCUUCUACUCAAGGACAACACGACUGAUCCGACAGGAGUGGAAACUGAGCCGCCAGCUGUCUUUAAGCUUGUUCUGUUCAAUGCCAUUGUCAAGAGUGCGGGCACGACACAGAGACCCCUCCAGCUACUGAGCAGAUGCUAAACUUAGUGAUAUCUGCCAACACACUUUAAGCUUUUUUUUUUUUUUUUUUUUUUUUUAAUGAUCGGAGUUAGCUGACGUGAUCUGAGCUUAUAAGAAAGAAUGUCCGACUCUCCCGACGCACCUCCACUGCAGGCAGAAGAGGCAGGUGAAAACGAAGCCGGCUCGGACGAGUGCCCCGUGUGCUAUGAAAGUUAUCGAGAGGCAAAGAGGACUCUGGUCUGCGGGCACGUCUUUUGCCACGACUGCCUGGUAAAGACGCUGGUCAGCCUUAACCGACAUGGGGAUAUAGUUCGGAAGAAUAUCAUCUGCCCGAUAUGCCGGCACCUGACAUACAUCAAAAAGAAGACACCAAUUCCUCUCAUAGUGACAAGCAACAAGAACAAGCAGACCUUGGAGGUCCCCCUCUCUCCAGGGAGUCCCGUCGCUUUGAGCGCGUCUUCUCCCUUUAAUUCCUUAGACACAUUAGAAGAGGUAAUGAGUCCAACCCCGACCAGACCAACAAGAAGUAGGCGAAUCCAGGACUUUGUAUUCAGAACUGGUUCUAGUGAUUCAAACCUUACUGGUACUACCCCGACUAGCUCAGCUAGUCCCUCGCAGAUCUUUACCAUCAGUGGCCAUGGCAGACCCAUGUCCGAAGAGGACACGGUCAGCAUUAGGCCUGCUACGACUAGAACUGGCAAUCGUCAAGCGCGCUGUUGCAGGUUACAGUGGAUAAUAAUGUUUUUAACCGUGAUCGUCAUCGUGGCGAUUGUGGCGGCUAUCUUGCCUUGGAUUCUGAAAUAGACACUUAUAAAUACUUUGCACAUUGGCUGCCUAUACUCGUUCUGAAUUGGAAAUUUAAAAUGUGUCUUUAAGAAAAACAAUGUGAUGGGUGUUCUGUACAUCGUGGAUGUUAGAUUAAUCACAGAAUUAAUCACAUAUUUACUUGAAUGAAAUUUAAUACAGCAUAUUUACAUAUUAUAUACACGUGAUGCCAAAUUCAAUCUGUGUGACUUGUUAUCCUUUUA